GGAACUUUCUGGAGUGGGGAGGAGUAGCGUUCACAUUUGUGCGCUGGAGGUGCGAAAGGUCCGUUGGCUAAUGCAGAGUAAGGGAAGAGACUGAAGUCAGACUGUGGUGAAGUGGAAGGAGGUCCUACACUUUUCGUGUGCUGAGUGCUCAUGUGACAUCCUGCUGUGCUGCCUGCAGACCGGGCGAGUGAGAGAAAGUUAUCCGUAUGAUAAUCACUCCCUGAGGGGGAGGCAGGGACUCUGUAUUCAUGUGACACCAGAGGGGACAAUAGACAUCUAUAUGAGAAUAAAAGUCCAGCUGCACCUGUUUAUCAUCAGAACGUUUAUCCCACUGAUCUGUGACUGAUUCUUGUUGUUAGUAAAGACCUUAACACGGCCAGAGCACUGAGAGAUAUCAGGUAUUGAUGUAAUUGCAGUGAAUAAGGGAACCUUUUUCCUGAGCACAGACAUUGGAGCCUGGUUAUCAGCAUGAACUCAUAUGUGUUAGACAAACACGUCAAUAGUUCAUAUCCAUCCUUCACUUCAGGAAGCAUCAGAAUGAUACCGCAAACUCCAAUAGUUUUAGACACCAAUGACUAUUCACAAACAUUGGGGAUAUCACAGCAGAUGUUUAAAGGCGAAGGUGAUUUGGCAGGAACUGGGCAGCAAUCAUUAUGUACAGAGAGCAAUUUAGUCAUCAAACAAGAGGACAACAUUUAUGCCUUAUCUAGUGAAAUUAUUAUCCCUGAGGAUAAACCACACACAUUUAUCGAGUUUUCAAAACAUAUUAAAGAAGGGAAAAGUCUACAGUCAAGCAAAAUGAUUCAUACAAAGGAGAAACCUUUCAAAUGUACAGAAUGUGAGAAAAGCUUUAGAUGGAAGUCUCAUCUACUAGAACAUUGCAAAAUUCACACAGGUGAGAAACCACAAACAUGUACUGAAUGCGGCAAAUGUUUUACACAAAUGGAUCAUCUGAAAAGUCAUAAAAAGAUUCACACAGGAGAAAAAUCUUUAACAUGUACAGAGUGUGGACAAAGUUUUACACAAAAGAGUGAGCUGAAAACUCAUGAAAUGAGUCACACAGGAGAAAAACCUUUCACGUGUACAGAGUGUGGAAAAGGUUUUACAGUAAAGAGUAAGCUGAAAAGUCAUGAAAGGAUUCACACAGGAGAAAAGCCUUUCACAUGUACAGAGUGUGGAAAAAGUUUUACACAAAAGAGUGAGCUGAAAACUCAUGAAAUGAGUCACACAGGAGAAAAACCUUUCACGUGUACAGAGUGUGGAAAAGGUUUUACAGUAAAGAGUAAGCUGAAAAACCAUGAAAGGAUUCACACAGGAGAAAAACCUUUCACGUGUACAGAGUGUGGAAAAGGUUUUACAGUAAAAAGUAAUCUGAAAAGACAUGAAAGGAUUCACACAGGAGAAAAACCUUUCACGUGUACAGAGUGUGGAAUAGGUUUUACAGCAAAGGCUAGUCUGAAAAAGCAUGAAAUGAUUCACACAGGAGAAAAUCCUUUCACAUGUACAGAGUGUGGAAAAAGUUUUACAGUAAAGAGUAAUCUGAAAAACCAUGAAAGGAUUCACACAGGAGAAAAACCUUUCACGUGUACAGAGUGUGGAAAAGGUUUUACAGAAAAGGGUAGUCUGAAAAAGCAUGAAAGGAUUCACACAGGAGAAAAGCCUUUCACAUGUACAGAGUGUGGAAAAAGUUUUACACAAAAGAAUGAGCUAAAAACUCAUGAAAUGAGUCACACAGGGCAAAAUCCUUUCACAUGUACAGUGUGUGGAAAAAGUUUUACAGUAAAGAGUAAUCUGAAAAAGCAUGAAAGGAUUCACACAGGAGAAAAACCUUUCACGUGUACAGAGUGUGGAAAAGGUUUUACAGAAAAGGGUAGUCUGAAAAAGCAUGAAAUGAUUCACACAGGGCAAAAUCCUUUCACAUGUACAGAGUGUGGAAAAAGUUUUACAGUAAAGAGUAAUCUGAAAAACCAUGAAAGGAUUCACACAGGAGAAAAACCUUUCACGUGUACAGAGUGUGGAAAAAGUUUUACACAAAGGAAUCAUCUGAAAAAUCAUGAAUGGAUUCACACAGCAGAAAAGCCUUUCCCAUGUACAGAGUGUGGAAAAAGUUUUGCACAAAAGAGUCAUCUGAAAAGUCAUGAAAGGAUUCACAAGGCAAGAAACCUUUCACAUGUUUAUAAAGUGGAAAAAAGGUUUUAAUUAAAAUCGGUUAUCACAAAACACCAAAUAUUUACACACAAAUAAACUUUAUAUACACAGUGUAAACCUUUUUACAAUUAUCCUAAAAAGGACAAACUCUCUAAAUAGAAGCAUCAAAAAGGAUCCAAUUGUAAAUAAUACUUUAUAAAUCCCAGUUAUAAAAGCCCCAGAUUGGAAGUGCUCUCCUGCUGUCCUUUGUUCCUCUAUAUAUGUGCAGCUCAGUUUCUCUCAUAUAAAUGUGAUAGAAUCCAAACACCACACAGGAAUAUACAAAUCUGUCAUCAUACUGAGCAGUUUACACAACCAUUCACCCCCAAAGCACACCCAGUGUUGUUUAUUAAUAUGUCACUGUUAGUUGUACGUUUGAUUUACAUAGGGGAGAAAAUAAUUACAUUUACAGAAUAAAGAGUCUUUAUAUGAAUAGAGUGUUAGAGAAUUAUAUAAACAAGGACAUCAGUCUCAAAUGAUUGACAUCUGGGAGAUAUAUUUAAUGUGCACAUCAUGUGGAUAAACCUUUUCUUAUAGCAAUAGAUGCUUAGCAUUGUACAUGUUAUAUACCAGAGGAAUUACUGAGGGGAAACUGAUUUUAUUUCAUGAGACACAAUAUCAGUAACCGGUACAUACGUUAUCAUAAUCAGUUUAAUUUAAAUGGCUACUAUAACCUACAUGUAUACUGGGUAUGUAAUAUGUAUGUCAUGUUCUGUAACUUGAUAUUAUGUCUGUUAGAUGUUUUCAUGUUAGUUAGAAGCCACAAUAACUGAUAAUAGCACAUACUGUAUAUAUAAAGGGAACAUUAUAUGUCUGAUAAAUCCCUUUCUAUCAAGAGCACAAGUGUUAGGUGUGACAGACCCCUUUGUCAGUACUGGAACGGUUAACUUUGUUCAGUUUUGAGAAACUAUUUUCUGAAGAUAGGUUUCCUGGCAUCAGCUAUUGCUUACUGUAAUUAAGUUUAGGUGAUAAGCGUUCACCUUGUUUAAUCACCUCCAGAGUUCAGACUGCCAGGUGCCAAGAAGGACUCCAAUUGUUUUCUUGUGUUUAAUUGUUUAACCAGGUGGGAGACCUGCAUAAAUACUGGGCAUAUAGCCCUCAAUAAAACACAUUCUUCUGUUUUACCCUCAAGAUGGAGCUUGGUCUCGUGUUUGGGGGGAAUUAACUGGGUUUGUGUGUUGCUGAUCCCGUAUUCAGGGCAUCUUUCAUCUGGUAUUAACCCUCGAUAUAAGGGUUAUACCAUAACAUUAGGUAUAUUUAUACCAUUGUGUGCAUAUAUCAUGUAAUGCUGCUGUUUACUAUAUAAUGAUAUACAAUGUUUUUUCAUGCAAAUAAAAAGUGAUUGUAAUCCA